AUGUUUCAGAGAAUUCGAGGCGCAAUCGACCGGACCAUUGCCGAGGAGCAGGCCCGCCAACAAAAGCUCACCGAAGGGGGUAGCACCGCCGCGGGUGUCUCCCGGUCCGGCUCGACAUCGUCUCGCGGCGGCGGCGGCGGCAGCGCAAAGCGCACGGCGCGCACGAAGAAGCCCUCUACGGACACGACAAACACGGACGCGGCGCCGCCGAACCCAGACCCGGCGGUCUUUGAGGCCGCAUUUGUGAUUGAUGACAGCGACGAGCCUAGUCGGGCGGGCACGCCGAAGCCGCAGGUCCCCGAAAAGGACGGCGUCGCGGUCAAGAACGGGGAGGACGAGCAGGCCCCAAAGGCCAAAGAGGAUGCAGACACUACCAAGGACACGGCCGGAGACAAGCCGAGAGUCGACAGCGAGGAUGGUGCAGGAAGCGGCGCAUCGGCCCAGGACAUGAGUCCCGAGAUCAAGCAGCGCCUGCGCAAGCUGGAAAAGCUCGAGGCCACGUAUCCAGAACUCCUACGCUCCUAUAGAGUUGCUCACAAGCGCGCCACCGCCAUCGAGCCUUUCGAAAAGGCCCUUCGCGAGAACACGCCCCUGACAUCCAUUGGCGACCCGGACGCGCUCGUCGAGUACCUCAACCAGCUGAACUUGCGGGGCGACAUGGUCAUGCAGGAGUUGAAGCGCGUCUCGGCGGACAAGGAUGAGCUUAAGAAGAAGCACGACGAGGCCCAGGACCAGCUGACCCAGGUACGGGAGGAGCUCGACCAGCUCAAGGCAGGCAGCAAGCCAGAACCCGGUGCGACCGAAGACGCGGACAAGGCCAAGGCGGAACCUGCAAUGGACCCUUCGAUGGGCAGCAAGCAGGAGAAGGCCCCGGAAAAGGUCAAGUCGCCCGUUGCCUCCGUCAUCGGCAUGUUCUCCCCAAAGCAAAAGGCCACAGCCUUCGAUGACAAGGCCGAUGGGGAGGAAUUCUUUUCUUAUGACGAAGAGAUUCCCCAGCUGCAGGCCGACGUCGCCGCAAAGACGGAAGAGAUUGAACGGCUCAAGAUGGAGGCCGAGGACCUGAGAAAGGAGCUGGCCGCCGUCAAGGAAAAUAGCGCCGGCCUCGUCUCGACUCUCGAAAACGCAACGAGGGAACUAAGCGACUCGCGCGACUCGGCAGCUUCCCGGGAUGCCUGGCAGUCACAGCUGGAUGAGCGAGCCAAGGAAAUCUCCGCCUUGACCGAGAAGUUGGAGAACGCCGAGGCGCAGUUGAAGAAGCUCAAAGAAGAUGCCUUAGAGGACAAAAAGGCUCACGCGGCCAAACUCAAGGAGCUGGAAGGCUCUCUAGCCACGUCAGACAAGAAGGGCGCUGACCUGGACGCCGAGCUGGCCAAGGCGAACGCAGCAAGGACGGUGUCCAAGAAGCUCAUUGACGACCUCAACACACAGAUCGAGGGGCUGAAGAAGGGCAAGUCGGAGGCUCAAGCCAAGAUUGAUGAGUUGUCUAAGAAACUUGAGGCUAAAGUACCCUCUACGUCAGCCGCGAAGCCCACCGAUGCCACCCCUGCGACUGCUCCAUCGACCACCGCUGCGUCCAAGAGGAAGAAUAAGAAGAAGAAAGGAAAGGGCGGUGCUGGCUCUGCCGUAGUCGGAGCAGUCACGGAAGAGGGCGUGGUCGAGGCGGCGGAGCCGAUUCCAGAUGCUGGUGAUGCACAGGGCAACGCCGCGUUCGAGGCAGAAAUCGCCAAGCUCAAGGACGAGGUCAAGGACAAGGAUGCACAGAUCGAGAAGCUGUCGCAGAGGCGCAAGACGGAAGAGGAUCUCCGCGAGGAGAUUGAGAAUCUGCAAGAGAACCUCCUCAACAUCGGCCAGGAUCACGUCGAAGCCAAGGACAAGAUCAAGGAGCUCGAGGCGGAAAAGGCAGCGCUGAGGAAGCAGAUAGCCGAUCUCGAGGAGAGGAUGGGCGCUUCGACAUCCGAUGCCUCUGCCAGCGCCAAGCUGCAGGCUGACAUGGACUCGCUAAGAAAGGACUACGACGAACUCAAGGACAAGUCGGCUACGCUACAGUCGGACCUGGGCGCCGCACAGCAGCUAGCCCAGACCCGGUUCAAGGAUCUAUCGGAACUACGGGAGGUGCUGCAAAAGGCUCAGCCGGAGCUCAAGACUCUGAGACAAGAAUCCGCAGAGCUAAAGACGGUUAAGGAGGACUUGGCCGCAAAGGUUAAGGAGCUUAAGGAGAUGGAGAAGAAGGAAAAGGACCUGAAGCGCGAAGCAUCGCGGGCCCAGCAGCUGUCUACAGAGCGCGAGACGGAGAUCAAGGGCCUGCAAGAGAAGCUCAAGGUGGAGGGCUCUGGCAAGCAGCAGGCAGAGGAGGCGAAGCGCACGGCGGAACGCAACCUGCGGCGCGCCGAAGCGGACAAGGUGGAGUUGAGCGCAAAGGCCGAAAAGGCGGAGCGAGAGCUGCAAAGGGCGCAAGACGAGGCCAACAAGCUGCGCCCCAGGAUCAAGGAGCUGGAGGAGCAGCUGCACAAGAUGAAGCGAGAGAAGUUGGCGGCGCAGGAGGAGGCCGAAUUCAAGACACAGCAGUACAGCAACGCGCAGGGCCUGCUGGGCAGCAUGCGCGACCAGACGGCGGAGCUGUCGACGCAGCUCAAGGAGGCCAAGUCGCAAGCCGAGUCGCUCGAGGAGGAGCUCGGGGAGGUACAGAGGCUGCUACAGGAGCGGACACGCGAGGGCGAGACGAUGCGGCGGCUCCUGGCCGACGUGGACGAGCGGGCGGACAGCAAGGUGAGGGAGAUGCGAGGCCGGAUGGAGGCGGCCAUUGAGGAGCGCGAGCGCAUCGAAGACGAGUCGAGCACGCUGGCGCGGCGCAAGUCGCGGGAGACGGAGGAGCUCAAGCACCGGAUCCGGGAGCUGGAGCGCGAGGUCAAGACGCUGGGCAACGAGCGCGACGAGCUCGAGGAGCGACAGCGCGAGUGGAAGCGUCGGCGGGAGGAGCUCGAGGCGGUGGAGAGCAAGGCGGAGGCGGAGACGGAGGAGAUGCGGACGACGGUGUCGCAGCUGCGGUCAGCGCUGGACGCGUCUGAGGGCCAGCUGCGGGACAACGAGAAGCAGCGGGCGGACCUGCGCAGGAUGCUCGAUGACUCGCGGCAGCGGUACGAGAGGAUCGCGCGGGACCUCAAGACGGCGCAGGCCAAGCUGCUGUCGAGCAGCACCGUGGGCGGCUCGUCAUCACGAACAUCGACGGACUCGAACCGUAGCGGCGGCGUCAACGGCAGCGGCGGCGGCGGCGGCGGAGGAGGCGACACCAUGUAUCUGAAGACGAUCCUGCUGCAGUUCCUGGAGCAAAAGGACGGGCGGUUGCGGGCGCAGCUGGUGCCCGUGCUGGGCAAGCUGCUCAAGUUUGACAAGACGGAUGAGCAGAAAUGGCUGAACGCGGUGCAGCAUAUCGAGGUUCGAUAG